UUUUCAGCCUGGUCGGCCGAGACCAUCGGACUCCUAUAAUAAUAAUGGCCAUGGAGCCCCCCUUGUCAUCCUCCAGACUUGGAUGGUAGAUGGGUUUGGUGGACUCUUUCCGCAGAUUUGGCCCCCAAUUGUCAUUUGGCUCAUCCCCAGAGCCCAGAAGCCCACUCGUUGGUAUCCACGCCGUUAGAAAGAGGAAGCUAAAAGGGGAUACGGCUGAGGACUAGACUCGCAAGUGGAUAUUCGUUGUUUGCAACUUGAAUAUUUGACCCCAUUCUUGUCCAAGAUUGCCUUCUUACCUCUGUCUGAUCUUCUCCCCGGACGCGCCCAUCUAUCUCCUAUCUACUACUCUGGUCACCCACCGACUAUGACGCGAAUCUUUGUUCUUUUGACGGCCCUGGCUGCCACAGCGACUGCAUCGCAAUGCUAUUAUCCUGACGGAACGGUCGCCACAGAUGAUGUGCCAUGUACAUCGGAAGAAUACAGCGCCUGUUGUGGGCCGACAACCGCCUGUCUAGAUAACCAUUACUGUGUGAAUCUCGAGGAGCCCUGGAUGCUGAACGCGGGCAGCUGCACCGAUGUCAACUGGGAGUCGUCGAAUUGUGCCUCGCAAUGCACCUUCAACAACACACGAGAUGAAGGCGUGGCCAUCUAUCUGUACGAACGAACCGACACGUCCUACGAAUACUGCUGCAGCGGGAUCAUGAACGACGGCGACAACGGCACGACCUGCGUUUCGGGCUCGACAUUCCGACUCGACAGCGGCACCGUGAUCAUCGGCGUCGCAGCUUUGGCCAACUAUACGACGACGUCUACCAACGCGACGGCGACGACCACCGUGACGGCCAGCUCAACGGCAACAGGGACCUCGUCAGCGUCCACGUCGUCUCUCGACUGUUCAGUCGCCGCCGCGGACGGGUCCAAGAGCACUUCGCACGACGUCGCGAUCGGCGCCGGGGUCGGUGUGCCUCUGGGGGUGAUCGCCCUUCUGGUCACGACCUGGGCAUUCUGGGAACGAGGGCAACGGAAGAAGCUGGAGAUGAAUUUCCGCGUCCAGCCGGGCCAGAUGAACGAAUACGAUUCCUACAAGAAUUCGGUCCCCGGGGAACUCCCGAGUCAGCCUGUUCGGCCGCAGUUGUCGGAGAUAGGGGGGAGGCCGCUUUCAGAGAUCGGAGUCACACCCGGUGGCAAGUAAAUAUAAUGAAUAAUAAGAAUAUACCAACCCAUUCUAGAGAAUACACGAGUCUUGGAAGUU